AUGGCAGCCGACUUAUCUCUGGGACCGCUGCGCAUAGCCAAUCCAGACGAUGGCUCAGGUUCUCCUGAUGCACCGCUACAAUCGCAGCGCUCAAUUCCAGCGGUGUCACCACUGCCAGACCUGACCAUACCACAAGACUACAUCAACAGGCCGGUCAAGCGCAGUGACAGUCCGGUCUCACCUCUUGACGAACAUGACGAACAAUCUGCUCCGUCCCACUCUCCGCUGCAGCAGUCUGUUUCGCACUCGAGCGCAUACCAGCAGCGAUCUGCAGACCGACCACGACAGCAACGAUCGCUACCACACACAUACCAAGACCAGCAGCAGCAGCAGUUCCCACAAUACCCUGUCAUGAUGCCACAGAACCUUCACUCCGAUCCGCGUGCCCAGACCGGUAGACCCACCUCGACAUACUACACCCAGAUGCCCGUGAACGGCACUCAGAGCAGCAGUGUCUCGCGACAAGGCUCGUACCGCAUGCGCACCGAGGGAACCAGUUCAGGUUUCCCACAGCGUGCUUCGUCCACACGCGCUGCUCUUGGACAGCAGCCGGGUGUGCCUUCGCAAGACGAUUCACACACCGAAAGAGCGUAUGGUUCAGGAACCUGGGGCGCGAAUAACGGCGGGCUACCACCGAGGAAGUCAUCGCGCGGUAUGGGUUCGAUGCGACUAGGCAACACACCCCCGACGAGCACACCGCUAUCGUCGACUCCGAUAGCCAAUCAGACGCCGUUGUCGAGUUCACCAUACAAUAUCGAAAAUGGACCACUGCAGAGUAGUGAGGAAUGGCAGGAACGUGGUGCUGCGGUAACUACCAGAAGAGAAAUCGAUGCAGACGGCAGGCCUGUAGUGCGUUCAAUAAAGAAGGGAGUGAAGGACUUCAACUUUGGUCAGACAUUGGGAGAGGGCUCAUACAGUACAGUCCUGGCAGCACAGGAUAAAAUUACUGGCAAAGAUUAUGCCAUUAAAGUCUUGGAUAAGCGACACAUCAUCAAAGAAAAGAAGGUCAAAUAUGUGAAUAUCGAGAGGGAUACCCUAAAUCGCCUAACAGAUCACCCUGGCGUCGUGCGGCUCUACUAUACGUUUCAGGACGAACGGUCACUAUAUUUUGUCCUCGAUCUGUGCACUGGGGGAGAACUACUGGGCACAUUGAAACGGAUGUCCACAUUCGACGAGGAAUGCGCACGCUUCUAUGCUGCGCAAAUACUCGACACAAUCGAAUACAUGCACAACCGCGGCGUCAUACAUCGAGACCUGAAGCCAGAAAAUGUCCUGUUGGAUGAGAACAAACAUGUUAAGAUCACCGACUUUGGCACCGCAAAACUCUUGGCAGAACGAAAGGACCAGAAUGGAUAUACAUCCUUCGAGCGAGACUCAUCAGAGUCUUCCGAGCGAGCGAGCUCGUUUGUCGGUACUGCAGAGUAUGUGAGCCCAGAGCUGCUGACCGAUAAGAACGCCUGCAAAGCAAGCGAUCUAUGGGCGUUUGGAUGCAUAAUCUACCAGUUGCUCGCUGGUCGACCACCGUUCAAGGCAGGCAACGAGUACCAGACGUUUCAGAAGAUUGUGGGUCUCCAAUACGAGUUCCCACGAGGCUUCCCAGAGGCAGCGAAAGACCUGGUCGAGCGACUACUCGUGCUGGAACCGCAGCGAAGACUCACUAUUGAGCACAUCAAGAACCACGAGUUCUUCGAUGGCAUUAAGUGGGGCAAAUCGUUGUGGUCCACGCCUGCACCCAAACUUCGACCAUUUAUGCCACCUUCAAAUCCACCUAUCCGACUCAAUGGCGCCCACAGCGGUACACAGAGCAGUUUCCCGCCAGACAUCAGCCAUGGACACAGCACGCAAAAUACAAUGCUUCCGCCAGCCAACCCGAAGCCUCAGCCACGAAUCAUGACCGAGCUGCCUCCACCAAGUCAGCUCGAUAUCGAAUGGUCUCCUGUCCUGACGCGAUACAACGAACGGAUAUUGAAGUUAGGUAACUUAUCCGUCUCGGCAGCCCAGCAGGCACACAGCUCAAACGAGAAGGGCAAGUUGUCUCGGUUAUUCGGAGGUGGUGAUGGCAAGAAGCGUGAGCGACUCGUCAUGGUCACAUCAAGCGGACGCCUGAUCAUAGCCCCUGCUGGUGGCGAAGAAAAGAAAGCUAAACACGAAAUCCCGUUGCUUGCACCUGGGGUCGAAUACUCGAGCUCGACUGAUUCCAAGGGCAUUACUCAGUGGGUCGUUGAUACUCGUGACAAGCACUUCGUAUUUGAGGACACGCGGCCAGUCUCAAAAGAACCCAUGGCUACCGCAGUAUCGACACAGGAAUGGCUUGAUGCUCUCGUCAAAGCACGCGACAUAGCAAUCACGCUGGAUGAGCAGAGCGGAAGUCAGAACUACUCGGAGAACGACGAUCUCAAUAUCUCGACCGGGCAACUUUCGAGCCAUCCAAGUACCAUAGACCAGCCCACUGACUUGAGUCCAUCGGGACAUGGCACCCGAGGAAUGCUUCGAAAGGAGCCGAGCACUAACGAUAGUGAAUCGCUGAAGGGACGAAAGAGGUUCAGUAAGCGACAGAGCAAGAGCGGGCUGACGGCGGUGUUCUGA